GAAACACAUUUUAAAGUAAUGCGUGAAUGAAUUUUUUGUUAAGCACAGUAAAGAAGCUGGCAAACGUAUUAAAAACAAUACACGAAGGCCUAUCUACUGAAUGACCAGAGUUAAAUAUUAUUGUCUGACAAUAGCUGGUUUAAAUAAUUUGUGAAGUAAAUGUAUAAUUCAAGAUAAAAGUGAUUGCAAAACCACACAAACGAAAGCUUAUUAAUCGUGGUGGAAAAACAUGUGUAGCAGAAUGUUGAAAUUGCUCCACAUGUUCGACACCUAUGUUUUGUGAAAUGUUUCAACUCUCAGUUCGUCUAUCUGUCCCUAGGUGGCGCUCUACUGAAACGCAGUGAAAUAACCCCUAAUGGGUUUGAUGCCUUUGAAAUCGUACUAAUAUUUUUAACACAGUGUGGUAUGCUGUUGAAGUCAAACGAAAUAUCUGUUUUAUUAACACCUGAACAUAAACAAUUACGGCAAGAAAAAAAAGUUCAUGCAUGACUUUUACAUUUAUGUUCAAUAGAAAGAAACCCAAGGACCAAUAAAAUAUAAUCCUGCUCUUUUAAAUUGUUUAUAAACCAACCCCUACAAAAAACAUCCAAGACGCUUGAUAAUUCACAACCAGUUAAAACCCUGCAUUCGUAGAAAAAAAACAUCAUACUCAAAUGUGCAUACACUGACAAUAGAAUGUAUGCCAUGCCCUGAAUCAAAAUAAUCUUAUCAAUAAAUCUUAUGCUCAGAGCCGAUAUUUUGAUAAACGCUUAAAGCGUACAAACACGUUUGUGAAAUUGCUAUUCGCUAGUGAUAGAAACAGUUCACUGGUGACUAGUCAUGGACAAGUACGAGGAGAACAUUUUACGGUUAAACAAAAAAAUUCGUGAUUUAAAUACUCAACUAGACACUUUGGAUACAAAGAAUCGUAAGCUGCAACAAGAGAACUGUGUGCUCGUGGAGGAUGUUGCUAACUUCCGGGUACAGUAUGCGCUAGCCGAGGAGGGACGUCUGCGAUGCAAGACGGUACUAGAAAAGGAAAUCACUCGAAAUGCUGAGCAGUACGAAGCGCAUGUCUUGCUCAAAAAACGUUACAACGAUCUUAUUCAUGAAUAUGUUGCGCAAAACCAGAAGCUGAAAGCCUACGAGCAAAGCGCUAAGGAAGCGAAACAAUCACGAGCGAAAAGGAAACAAGUUCCAGUGGAAAUUAUUGGAAACCUCUCUGACAUUGGCAAGCCUAAAGCCAUGGCCGACAAAGUAACGUCUCUCGAACACCGGUGCAGUGUUUUGGAAAAGGAACUUUACAAAGCCUUUGCCACAAUUGAUGAUUUAGAAUUCGAGCUUGAAUCGAUCGAUCAUCUUGAAGCAACCAAUGAACGGUUGGAGCGCCAGGUCAAAAAUUUGAAAGCUCAGUUGGAUCUCUGCCAUUGUGAGCCAAUGACACCUGAUAGUGCUAACAGUGUGCCCUCAUCCUUGAAUCAAGCUACAUUGUAAGCAGCUUCACUUAAAUAUACCGUCUUAGGGCGUACAACUCAAUGCUCAGCUUGGGUUUUAUAUCACUAAUCAAAAUUUAUUGUAUUUCUGUUUCUACUAAAAGCUAUCCAUUUGAGAGUGUACAACCCUCCCAACAAAGCCCAACCGAAGAAGGAUCUGAGGUAAGCGAAGGCCCCUCCUUUGAUACCGAUUGAAAACUAAAUCCAUUCGCCAAUUCGGCUCCAGCGGGGCCCAGAUUCUACGCCCAUACGGGUCCGACCACGGACAUUUUACAAUGCCUACGGCAAUCACAAUCGCGCUCGAGAAGGACAUCUAAAAUAUGGCCCCGAUCAAUUCAUUAACUAUCUUCGAACGGUCAACCGCCAGGCUGGCUUCGUCUCCGUAGGCUAUGCUGAACUCAUUUGCUUGCAAUUCUUCCCGGCCAAUUUUCUUAGACCAUAUUUCGGCGUACAUUGCCAUAUUUCGGCAAUCCGACAUCCUUGUCGUUUCGCUCACCCGCGAUCCCGUGAAGGUAUACGCCAAUCUACCGGCGCUUUAUCGGCACUUAAACGAAUUGUUCCAAUUUUGAACUGCGAACUAUAAUGCACGAAUAAAAAAAACCCAAAGUUCCUUACCCACAGCCACGCAGGUCGCCACGGGUGUCCACCGCUGAACACCCCGUUAGUGAGAGCUUUUCAAGGCUGAACGCAACUGAAGAAAUGUUCGACAAGGCAAAGAAAGGGGUCGCAAAAAUGGAGGCUGUUUUAAAAAACGAACGAAACCGUCCAAGUCUACGUGCCUGUCUUGUCGGUCUUUCGUAUCAAAUGAAAAAAAAAUAUUUAAAAAGCCACGUCGGCACAAUCUUGUACUGACAGAUAGGUGCUCCCGGAGAGUAAAUAGUUCGCGAAAUGACUUCGCCACCGAGGUCGCCAUAGCGAUCAUACUUCAGGACCACGUUACGGUAGACGCAAACAGUAACACAAUCGCGGACAUUCGUUCGAGUCUACGCACAACUAUUUUAUGGAUGGCAAAGUUAAUAGACCUCGAUUGCAUUGCACUAAACAGACAGAUUGAGUAAUUUUAUUACAUUAUUUAGUUAAGUAGAAUAAUGUUUAUGCAUAAAAACAAAAUCAACAAUAAUGAAAAUAUAACAACACUAAUGGAUAACUCCAUUCCAUAAACUUUUCAAACCACCUUUUCAUUUGCUGAUAUAUUUCGCGAGACAGGUAAAUGAACCAAUUACUAGGAGCUCACCAAUAAUCAUUCAACAUCGGCAUGCUUUCGCUCGCACUACGUUCUCUCCAGGCUGUUACUGGCUGCAUGUGGGUGACUGGUGACCUCUUUCACAAACUGCGCCUCGCAUAUGCCCGCGAGGGUACCUCAACAACAAAGCUGAUCGAAUCUGGUAGAUUACAGCUCCAUUUUUCACGGUCGAGGACUCGUUCGAAUAUCGUGCUGGUGUUGCUGUUACAUCAUUCGACCACCGAUGUUGAAGCGAAAUGGUAUACUAGCAAUAUGCCAUUUGUCCUCUAUGUUUGGCGUUUCGCAUGUUCGUUGUUAUUUUUUUUUGGAGUAAAUCUAAAUUUAAUUAUUGCAAAAAUAGAUUCCUUGAUAAACUGUAGGAAUUGGAAAUGACUAUAUUAAUAAAGCAUUACAAUUUUACUUGCUCUGGUGCGAUU